AUGAAUCAACGUCAACAUAUAGUAUCAUUGUUUGAGAAACAAUCCAUAGAAACUGUGGCGAAAAACAGGCUGUGUCUCAUUACAUCAAUCUGGUGUAUUCAGUGGCUAGCAUUCCAAGGAUGUACCUUUAGAGGAAGCAAUGAAUCAAAAGACUCCAAAAAUCGAUGGAAUUUUCUAGAACUUGUAAAGUUUUCGACAAAGCUUAAUAAGGAUAUUUGUGAAGUCGUUUUAGAUAAUGCACGAGGAAAUGCCAAGUAUAUCUCUCCUGCGAUUCAAAAAGAAAUUCUAAAUAUUUUCGCUGUUAAAGUUAGAGAGAAAAUUCACAAAGAUAUAGGAAAUGUCAAGUUUUGGAUUCUUGUUGAUGAAUCAAAGGAUAAUUCAGGUAUAAAACAAAUGGCAACUAUCGUGAGGUAUGUUGAUAAGGAAGGGAAUUUCCAAGAACCUUUCUUUGAUGUUCAGAAUUUUCGUGGUCAAGGAUAUGAUGGUGCUAACAACAUGCGGGGUGCAAUGGAUGGAUUGCAAGCAUUAUUUCUCAAAGACUGCCCAUAUGCAUAUUAUGUGCCGCUUUGGAUCCUAGAGAUUCAUUUAGGCGUUUCAAAAUUGAAGAUAUUUGCCUGCUCGCUGAAAAGUAAGUCAGUUGUUUAUCGUGAGAUUGAUAAGAUUAUACGCCUAGUAUUGACACUUCAUGUUUCUACGGAAACUGCCGAACGCGUCUUCUCAGCUAUGAAUUGUGUUAAAACAACCAUCUGGAAUAAAAUGGGGCAAGAUUUUCUUAAUGAUUCCAUGAUGAUUUACAUUGAAAGGCUCCUUGCGUAA